AGGUAGAGCGGAGCAGAGGGAGGGUAAGUGGAAAAGUACUGUCAGCGGGGGAGGAGGAGGAAAGGCAGGCACCAUGACAACCCAAUGAUGUAAGCCCCGCCACAGCUUAUCCAGAGUGGAGCUAUUAGCUAUUACAAACUGUGGUCCUCUGUAUAUUCUCUUUUCCCCAUUUUUUGUAGAGAACUUGGUGGCAAUCUGAAAAUCCAGCACAACGUCAGGAAACUCUGAAAGAUGACUGAGCAAAGCAAGGUGUUUAAUGAUCCCAUCCACAGGCAUGUGGAGUUACACCCACUUCUUGUCAAAAUCAUUGACACACCUCAGUUCCAGAGACUACGAAACAUCAAGCAGCUUGGAGCGGCCUACUAUGUUUACCCUGGAGCAUCCCACAACCGCUUUGAACACUCGAUCGGGGUGGCGCACUUAGCAGGAGAACUUGUAAAAGCUCUGAGGAUGAGGCAGCCAGAGCUCGACAUCACUGACGAAGACGUCCUUUGUGUACAGAUUGCUGGACUUUGCCAUGACCUGGGACAUGGCCCCUUUUCCCAUCUGUAUGAUAGAAUGUUCAUCCCCAAAGCACGUCCAGGUUAUAUUUGGAAGCACGAGAAGGCCUCUCUGGACAUGCUUGACCACCUGGUGGAUUGUAAUAAUCUGAGGGAGGAGAUGGUAGGCCAAAACCUGGAUCUGGACUUCAUCAAAAAAUUGAUUGAAGGACAAGACACGAAUGCUGCUCAAGGCGAGAAGUCCUUCCUCUAUCAAAUUGUGGCUAACAAACAAAACGGCAUCGAUGUGGACAAGUUUGAUUACUUUGCUAGGGACUGCCACCACCUGGGCAUGCAGAGCAACUUUGACUAUCAUCGCUUCAUUAAGUUUGCCAGGGUGUGUGAGGUGGAUGGGCAGAAGCACAUCUGCAUGAGAGACAAGGAGGUGGCCAAUCAGUACAACUUGUUCUACACAAGAUACUGUCUCCACAGAAGAGCGUACCAGCACAAAGUGAACAAAAUCAUAGAAACGAUGAUCGCAGAGGCCUUUUUAAAAGCAGACGGGCACAUCCAGUUUGAAGGCUCAGGAGGGAAGAUGUUCACUCUGUCCACGGCCAUAGAUGACAUGGAGGCCUACACCAAGCUGACAGAUAGUGUGUUUGAACAAAUACUCAACUCCUCAUCGAAAGAGCUGGCUGAGGCGAGGGAGAUCCUACACAAGAUCAUCACUCGAAAGCACUACAGGUUUCUGGGUGAAAUAAAGCCCAAAUCAAGCCUAACUAAGGAGAAGAUUGACAUUUUGAAAAAGGAAUUGGCUGAAGCUCUCUCUGAGGGAGACGAGCUAAAACCACAGGACUUUGAAGUUUCUGUCGUUACUUUGGACUAUGGAAGCAAAGAUAAGGACCCAAUCAGAAAUGUGUACUUCUACAGAAAGACAAACGUUACCGAAGCAUUCAAAAUCCCCAGAGACCAGGUGUCCCAGCUACUCCCAGAGCGCUUUUCUGAGCAGCUGAUCAGGGUUCACUGCAAGAAGACUGAUGAAAACAUACUGAGGGUCGCUACUAAGCGCCUGCGCCAGUGGUGCGAAAGGAAGGGCUUUCCAUUAUUUUAGUAUGGAAACACAGAAACUCCUGAGGACACCCCUGGGGAAAAUAACUAAAGCUUUAAAACAUGGAGAUCAUAUCCGGAAAAAGAAAGAAAAAACUUUCUGAUACUCAUAGGAUCAAAAUGAUUUUACAUUAUUUUUUUAAAAAUGUGACAUAAGAUGAGUAUUUUAAAGGGAUAGUUUGGGAAUUUAUAUGGUGAGGUUGUAUGGGGCACUUUUCUAUAGUAAGUUUAUUACCUACGAUAGAUGUUUGUCGGCACGCCCCCAGUUUAGAGAAGCAGGAUGGAGUCUGACAUGCAAGCUAAGCAGUGUAGUGCUGUGGAUGGAGGUCAGCAACAAAAUGUAUUGUAGUAUUGUGAAAAAAAAAUCCCACCUAAAAAAAUUGAGAGUAUUUUCAGCAUGUUACCUUUCUGUCAGAAAGCCCAUUACAGCAGGGAAGCCCUUAUCACCUUCUAUUUCCCCAUCUGUGCUCUCAUCAAAGCCACCAAACUCCAUUGACAAAAACAGUCAUUUUAACUUACUAAACACAGGAGUUGUAAGAUGACCGCUACUUUGAUCAGUUAGUUAGUUGGUGUGACUUUGAUUUAUCUUAACUAACCACUUUAAAUGGUAAAGUCACACAAUAACACAAACAUAAUAAACGUGCGAGGCAGCACCAGAUCAGCAGCUCCUGUGUUCACCGAUAUUAAAUCACUGUUUUCCUCAGUGGAGUCUGGCAACCGACAUCUGCUUUAUGUAAUACACUGUCUGUUGAUAAGUACCCCAUAUAACCCCACUUCAAAAGAUAUGAAUGAGCACAGUGUUGUACUUGACACCAUUUUUAUCUCAAACCUAAUGAUUUAAGAGUACAAGGAUGCAUAAUUGCAAAGCCUUCAAGCCUAUACUCAUGUUCUAAUUUUAUAUAAAUAUCUUUGUUUAAGUUUGAUCCUUUUCAAAUCAGCCUCAUUUUAGACUCCCUUCUCUAUCUGCAGCUGCAUCACAUUUUAAACAGAAUCAUUGUUUUACUACCAUUUUGAUACCAAAAGCCUGCCAUUAUGUAAUUCCAUUGUAAACAACCAUGGUUACUUAAAAUGUCUUUGUCUGAAACUAAAUAUGUAUACAUCAUAUUUUAGAGCUUUUUUUUUAACUUUUAACUUUUUUAACUCUUUUGGUAUUUUCUGUGUAUUCCUCCUGAUCAGGGUAAGCUGUAAAGCACUACUAACAUGCGUGGAGUUAAAGUGAUUAAUUUGUGUAUUAAGGAUUUCAAAUGUUUAAAGGAGUUUGGUUUUGAUGUUAAUCAUGUGGAUUAAUGUGGUAAUCUAAGUAGAAGUUAUUUUGACUUUGAGUGAUGUUUGAUUAGAGGUUGUUUUUAAUGGUGUGGUUUCAUUUUGAACAUUUUGUGGUAUGUAUAUUUAAUCACCAACUGCAUUUAUUGUCACUUAUUCAUUUUAAUUAUUCAUUUGUUUUUAAAAAUUGGUGGGGGUUUUUUUUUAUCCCGUUUUGUUUUGAAUAAUUUUACCUUUUGAAUCUGACUCUUGGGAAUGCUUUGUAUUCAGUCUAUCAUUGUGAAAUAAGAGAAUUAUGGUUAUAUAUUAUGAUUACAUUAAAAGCAACUUUCUCUGAAUGCACUCAUAAUGUCUAGCUCAACUUGCUUUCUUUGAUGUAACCAUUUGUAUAAAUAUAGUUGAGACAAAACUGGGUAUCAUGUUUUGCAAAGUGUGAAAAUGUUUUCAUAUCCAUACAUAUAUAUAUAAUGGGUCUGUAAAGGGAAACCAACCAAAGGUUAUUAGAGCCUUUCAACUGUAUUCCUAAG